AUGACUGGGCGUCUCCUCUUUCGCAUCACACACCGUCAGACCACCUCCCUUCCUCCCUGUCUCCCCACCCUCCCACCUCCUUGUCUCCUCACCUUUUCACUAACAACUUCAUCCUCUCCCCUCUCCCACUGCCAACAUUGUGUGCCGUGUCGUGAUGUCAGUCUCCCCAGUCCACUCUACAAUGCAACACUGGUGACAACCUUGUCUCCUUUCCCCUACUCCUUACGCCCUCGCCCCUGCCCCUGCCCCUCCCACUCCAUAUUGUUGGUCGGUUUGGCUCUCGCCUUCCACGCCUCACUGUGGUCCACUGAACCACUAUGCGAGAAUGCUCUCUCCGCCACUCUGUUACUGGCGAGAGAGUGUGUGUGUGUGUGCGUGUGUGCGAGAGAGAGAGAGCGAUUUCUUACCGUCGAUGGAGGUGACUGCGAUUGUGUCACAGUCCACCAACACUAUCAGACCAUUUGGAAGCCUGCACAUAGAGACAUCCAUCUCGACGCACACAUACACACACGCGCACACCUUACCGUCUGCAUCCUUCUGCCACCGAGGUCGCGCAUUUUCUUCUUAUUUGUGCGCCACCACCAAACAGGUGAUGUUGUCGCCAUUGCGACCAGUUAUGAUGUCCUAAGACUGGUGCAGCCACCGCCAACACCACCACCACCACCACUUUCUUUCAUGUGCAAUCGGCAGCACCCAACUGCUCGUGACUACGUGUGUCUCGUGGUGCCCACCAAAGCAAUGACAACGGUGCUGCCUAUCCGUUGGCAUUGCAGCAACUGUUGUGUUUGCUGUGUGUAA